AUGCAGGUUGAAGAGCCAAGCAAGGUGCCCAAGGUUCCCCGGCGCCAGGCACGUGUUAGCCGCGUCAGCUGGCCGCAGUUCAAGGCCUCGAAGCUCCCUGGGAUCAAGGCAGAUCUGGAGCGACAAUGGGAGAUGCUUGUAGCAGAUCCUGAGGCCCGAGAUCUCCUGGCCAUGCGCUACGAUUCCACGCAGUCCUCCGAUGCUGCCCUGGUACAGUUUCGUGAGGAGUUGGACCGGAUGAUCUCUGAGAGGACUGAUGCUUUGGAGCGAGGGGCAGCUUCUGGUGGCCGGCCUCGGGGGGGCAUCGCAAGGCGCUCACCUUGCGAAGUCCCUCCUCAGCCAGCGUUGGUUCGCCGUUUAGG